UUGGUCUUUGUCAGAGCCGCCAAGGUUGAGUUUUUCAGCUGAGGUCCCUAACACUCUGCCACUGUCUCCUGCAGGCCUGUGGGCUCUCACAGCCCACCCUCCUAUCUGCACUCCCCGACAAGAGUCACCAUGCCUCGCCCAUCAAAGCGUCGGCGUUACAUGUUUGAGCAAGACCUUCAGCCCCAAGGUGGGACGCAGGGCCCAGAGGGAGGGCAGUUUCUUGUGGCUGAGGAGGAGGAGGCCUCCUCCUCCUCCACCUGCUCUUCCUCUUUCCCCUUGUCCUCUUCCUCCUCCUCCUGUCCCCUGAACCUAAGCACCCCAGAGGAGGUUUCUGCUACUGGAACACCCAGUCCUUCCCAGAGUCCCCAGGCAUCCUGCUCCCCCUCUGCUGCCGUUGCAGCCAGUCUGUCCAGCAACUCUGCUGAGGGCUCCAGCAGCCCAGGGGAGGGUCCAAGCACUUCACAGGCCCAGCCAGAUGCUGAGGCCUUGCUCAGAGAAGCAAUAGAUGAUAAGGUGGCAGAUUUGGUACAGUUCCUGCUCCUUAAAUAUCAGACGAAGGAGCUCACCACGAAGGCAGAAAUGCUGACCACAGUCAUCAAAGAGUACCAGGACCACUUCCCUGUGAUCUUCAGGGAAGCCUCGGAGUGCAUGCAGCUGGUCUUUGGCAUUGACAUGAAGGAAGUGGAUCCCACCAGCCACUCUUAUGUCCUCGUCAACACACUGGGCCUCACAUAUGAUGGGAUGCUGAGUGGUGAUCAGGGUGUGCCCAAGACUGGCAUUCUGAUACUUAUUCUGAGCAUAAUCUUCCUGGAAGGCAACUGUGCCCCUGAGGAGAAGAUCUGGGAAGCUCUGAGUGUGAUGGGCGUGUAUGUUGGGAGGGAGCACUUCAUCUACGGGGAGCCCCAAAAGCUCAUCACCGAUGACUGGGUGCAGGAGAAGUACCUGGAGUACCGGCAGGUGCCCGACAGCAGUCCUGCCCGCUAUGAAUUCCUGUGGGGUCCAAGGGCCCACGCAGAAACCAGCAAGAUGAAAGUCCUCGAGUUUUUGGCCAAGGUCAAUGGCAGUGACCCCAGAUCUUUCCCGUUUUGGUAUGAGGAGGCUUUGAGAGAUGCGGAGGAGAGAGCCCAGGCCAGUGUUGCUGCCACGGAUGCCACUACAGCCAUGGCCAGUGAAAGUGCCGAGGCCAUGUCUGGCAGCUUCUCCUGCCCCAAGUAAAGUUUCAGGCCAUCCCUUACUCUGUGUUUGAAGAGGGUGGUCACCGUUCUAAGUAGUGGAGGGCAGGGGCGUAACAUCUUUGUGUUCCUGUUUUGUAAGGGUGACUUGUAGCCUUAUUUCUUUUUCUUGUUGGCGUUUUUCAAAUGCUGUUCUCUUGAAUAGAUAAGGUUUAAUUAGUUUCAGAAUCUAAGUUUAUCGGUGGCAUCGAUCACACAUUUAUUGCUUUUUUUGUGUUUCAAGAGUAAGAAUUUUGUUAUUUUGUAAAACAAAUUGGGAAACCUUAUAUCUUAUUCAGUGAUUUGAACCAAGAUAACAUGGCAUUGGAACAGGAAUUUCUUUGGAAAUGUGAAGUAACUCAGCAGUAAAAUAGAAAAAAGAUUUUCGGAUGCCUUUAUUCUUUUUAGUCUGUUAUUGUGUAACAUUAAAAUAUAUGUACCUGGAUUUGCUUGGCUGAUUCCUGAAUGUAGGAGAAAUUAAACUUUAAUAAAUGGAAGCCCCUGCUCACUGGCUCAUUUUUUUCCCCCAAACGUGAAUUGAGCAUCUGCUGUUUGGGAGACACAGUGUUGCGGGGGGACAGGGAGAGGUCCUCAUAGGAUGGUAGUGUCCAGGAGCAGCAGUCAUACAGGAGGAGGGUACCAUGUCCCCUAAGACCUGCAGGCCCAGUACAAGAGGGUGUGGGGAGCUGGGGUUCCAGGGGGGAGCCGCCACGAGUAAAUGCCCUAGUCAGGGCAGCUCAGGGCUCUGGGAAACUACAGUUGCCCUUGUGAACUUCACUGUAAGAAAGGUGGUGUGACCAAGUGGCCUGAGUCUAAGAUGGUGUCUUUGAGGAGAGACAGAAGCCUGGAUGGAAAACUGCUCUUGGCGGGUACUUUUGGGUCCUGGAGAAGCCAGAGAGAAAGCUCCAGCUCAGGCAGGUAUGGGCGUUGUCUCCUGCUGUUGUCCCAGUGCAGGUGAGCCCAGUGCAGAGCCAGCUGCUUAUGCCUGCAAGGAGUUCCUGAGAAGUGGAGGUGAGGCUCCCUUGCCGUGAGGCCCAGGGGCACUGGGCUUCCUUCCACUCUUUCACUGGCCGACGACAGCCCCGCCCCUCCACUGAGAGGACAUUUUCCCUAGGUCACCUUCAGUGCACUCUGGUCAACUUUAAAGAAGGACCGGUGGUUGGUGGGGUGGAAGGAAUGAAAACAGCGGUUUGGAUGGAAGAGCAGCUGGGAGGGAGGGAAGGACUUGGUCCUAGACUCGAAUUCUAGGAGCUUCCAGUGGCACCCAGCUGGGGACGACACCCCUACACCCAAAUUAAAUAAUGGCUCCUCUAAGGAGAGAAUAUUUUUUGGGUCUUAAAUAAUUAGAAAUAGUUGCCAUUCAUUAAAGAUCCAGUAUAUGCCAGACACUAUCAGGUGCUUUACGUAUGGCAUGUAAAUUCCUGCCUAAGGCUCAGAAACCAAAAACCCGUUGCCACGGAGUUGAUUCCAACUCAUAGCAACCCAGUAAGACAGAGAACUGCCCCAUAUGGUUUCCAAGGAGCACC